ACUCCAUACAAACACAGACACUCCGCAGCAGACCGACUUCCCGUGCGAGCCCUCUUUGGAUAUUGUCGCUGCCCUCUCCCCCUCCCCGCCCCCUGUUUCGACCGGAGAGUAAAAAAAAUGACGAGUCUGGAUCCGCUGAAAUCCGUCAUUUCCAUCAUAAAUGUGGACGACACGUCGCUGGCUCUGCCGUCCGUUAACCAGUACCGAUCGGGCCAGCAGAGAGUCCUGGAGCAAGUGCAAACUAUCAGGAGAACGAAGUCCAGGCAGUCCAGCAGCAGAAGUGGAUCUGCUUCUACUCCAACAACUCAGCCAAGAGAAAAACCACAUUAAGGGAUCCACCGUGAAGAGGAAUACAGCAGCUUCUGCCUAUCAAUAUGAGAGGAGUUACGCUGCUGUCGGCUCCAUGGCAGUUGGUCGAACAAACACCAGCCGCAGUGAGCCUGAUCUGGCCCAGCAGCGCUCGAUGCCAAAACGCUCCCUUCCUUCGCAGAGGCUCGCCUCCAACAGGGGCACCUACAGGGCACAAAGGUCCACUAGUCAGUUUAUUACGAGCACUACAUCCCAGCCUCAUCCUAAGCCUCAGCCUCAGCCUCGGUACACUAUCAAUGGUACAAGUCAGACCAAAACAAACACCCAGUUUGUGUGCAGCCAGGUUGACGGGUUCAAAACAUCUUCAGGGCCUUCUGUUACUGAGGGCACUCCGAAGAGCAAAGGAGAUUCGGGGUCAAAUGGCAACAGUGGAGUUGCUGAUAUCACUAUGAAGGAGGCUGUGGAGUAUCUUUCCAACAGUGAUGAGACUUAUCAGCACUGUGGCGCUUCCUACAUACAGCACAACACUUUCAUUGACGACAAGGCUAAAGACGAGGUUUUUAAACUCAAUGGGAUCCCUCCUUUGGUUGGUCUGCUGCGAAGCCCCAGUUUACAAGUCAGCCAUACAGCCUCGGCUGCCCUGCGUAACCUGUCCUUUAAGAGCAACAGUAACAAGGAAGAGAUCCAUCGCUGUGGAGGCAUCACAGAGGCGGUGGCUCUGCUCAAAGACACCGACUCUGCAGAGACAGAGAAACAGCUGACAGGUCUCCUGUGGAAUUUGUCCUCUGUAGACAGCCUGAAGCCAGACCUGCUGAAGAGCGCUCUGCCUGUCUUAAUGGAGCGCGUGAUCCUGCCUUACACAACAGGAUCUGACCAGACCAACAGUGACCCUGAGGCCUUCUUUCACACCACUGGAUGUCUAAGAAACUUAAGCAGUGCGAAGCAAAGCAACCGACAGGCGAUGAGAAAAUGUCGAGGUUUGAUCGACUCUUUGGUCAAAUAUGUGAAAAACUGCGUGGAAGCAGGACAACCGGAUGAUAAGUCUGUAGAAAAUUGCGUGUGCAUCCUGCACAACCUGACAUUCCAGCUGGAGGCCGAGGCCCCGGCUCUGUUCAGCAGGAUCACAGCUUUGGCCAAGACUGUCAUGAGGACCCACAGCCAGGACGAGACCGGCCCCAUCGGCUGCUUCAAUCCACAGAGCAAAUCGCCAGAACACGAGCGCCACUUUGACUUUCCAGUUGUUGAGGAUCCACAACCUCAUGGGGCAGGUUGGCUGAUCCACUCCAAAACUCUGCAGAGUUACCUGUCGUUGCUUGGCUCUAGCCAGCAAGAAGAAACACAGGAAGCCUGUUGUGGAGCGCUGCAGAACCUCACGACAAAUGAAGGCAUUGUCUCUGGUGUAAUGAGCCAGAUCAUUGUGCAGAAACUGAAUGGCUUGCAAGUUAUCAGUCCCCUUUUAAAGUCAAACAAAGUGAACCUGCAGAGGAACGCAACGGCUUUGGUUGGAAACCUGACGAAGAACUCAAACCUGAACAGUGCCAUAGCUCGUAAAGCCCUCCCGGAGCUGCUAAGUGUCUUGAGCGCAGGCACCAAGGAAGGGAAUGAGUCUGAUGACACACUUGCCAUGGCCUGCCAGACCGCCAACUACCUGCUUAUGAAGGAGCCUGAUAUGAGCAAGCGCCUGUUAAACAACAAUCUGAUAAACUCACUGAAUGAUCUCAGCCAAAACGAAUAUUUCCCCAAAUCUAGAAAAGCUGCAGCCCUGCUUCUCUACAACCUGUGGUCAGAAAAAGACUUGCAAAGCUUCCUGAAAAAGCAAGGGAUGAGUAAGUCCUCAUUUGUGAAUGACGUCACCACAGCAGCACACAAGUCGGUUCAAAUUGUCGAUUAACACGACAGCCUAAACAGAUCUCUGAAUGUCAUUCACCGAAGUAACUCACCUGCAAGUCUCCUGCACAUCCACAGGACGGAAACGCAUUGAGGCUGAGCAGCAUCCUUUCUCAUUUCACAAAGAGUUUCUCAUAUAUGUAUCCAAUCAUUCCAUCAAUAAAUAGCUACAAACUGCAGAUUAGGCCUGUAUAUGCUGCAAGGUUUAUUUUUCUUUUGUUGGAAAAAAGGUGACAGUCAAGAUGUAACAUUUUAGGAACAAGACUGCAAGAUUUGAUUUGCUUUUGCAAUUUUAACUGCUGUCUUUUAAUGCAACUUCUGCAUCUGUGCCUGCAAUGUGCUUUCUGGUGCCAUGAGCUUGCUUUGCUAGAUAAUAACAUAAGGGUUAAGAUUUCAUUUUGCCCUGAAAUUGCUGUUUUAAUAUCAUUACAACAUUGUAAAAAAUAAUUUUAUGUAAAAUGAACAUUGAUAAAAGAGGACAUUUUCUGUUAGAGUUAUAGGUUAGGAUAGGUUUGCUAUAAAAAGAGUGACAUCUUGUCUUAAGCAGUGAUCUGUGUUUACAUUUUGUAAAGACAACUUGUGUUUGUGGUGUAUCCAUCUUUUUUCAUAUGUAUGUGUGUGGAAUUGGCUACUUGUAUUGUUCCAAAAAUUGUCAAUAAAGCUGACAGAGAUCUA